CAACAUACAUCUUGUGUAGGACCUGCGUAGGACUGUUGCGGCUGUGCCGAGUGCCGAGACUGCCGAGGCCGAGUUUGGAGUGAAACCAAAACAAUCAAGUUGAUGUAAGAGUACCUGACUAAAGUGGUCAAAAUUUAGCAACACCAUGGAAUUGAUCGUAGCCAAUGUGUCCGGGCACCAGUUUGACAUCGAGGUUGCUCUCGAGCAGCAGUUUGGCGCUUUGCCGCUACCUUUUACAGGAAUGGAUAAGUCGACGAGUGCUGUUUGCGAGUUCUACCCCAAAGGAAACUGUGCGCGUGGCGCGGCGUGCCCUUUCCGACAUGUACGCAGUGACCGCAGCGUUGUCUGCAAACAUUGGCUUCGAGGCUUGUGUAAAAAGGGAGACCAGUGCGAGUUCCUGCACGAGUUUGACAUGACCAAGAUGCCCGAGUGCUACUUCUACUCAAGAUUUAAUGCAUGCCACAACAAAGAGUGUCCAUUUUUGCAUAUUGACCCUGAGAGCAAAAUGAAGGAUUGCCCCUGGUAUGACCGAGGCUUCUGCAGACAUGGACCUCUGUGUAGGCACCGGCAUGUGAGGAGGGUUCUCUGCCUCAACUAUCUGGCUGGCUUCUGUGCUGAAGGGGCCAAUUGCAAACAAAUGCAUCCACGCUUUGAGCUGCCUGCAGCACCAGAAAACACUGCGAGCAAAGACAUUGCACCAAAGCAGAAAAGUACCAUCACAUGCCACUUUUGCGGCGAGCAGGGUCACAAAGCCAUGUUCUGCAGCAAGGCGAACAAUGAGCAUGACGGCCAGCGUGGUUCACUCUCAAGAGGACAGCACCAGGAGCAUCACAUUGAAAGUCAUCAUAACAGCAAUAUGCCCUAUAGAGAUAAGUUCCAGGGUUCCAGAUAUAAUGAUAGGUCAGGUGGUGAAGAUAGACCAAGAAGAGAUGGCCCAAAAAUAUUGAAGCCUUUGGACGAAGUCACUUGCUUCAAGUGUGGAUGCAAGGGUCACUAUGCUAACAAAUGUCCAAAAGGCCACUUGGCUUUCUUGAGUCAUAACGCAGGCACUAUGGAUCAUGGGUAUCAGAGGUGAAUAAUAAAAACAUUAAGUGUCGUUUAUAUAAUUACGCCUUUAUUUUUAUUGUAAAGAAAAGACUUGUGUGGUUAACCUUAGUUGAUUAUUGAGACAUUUCCAAGAAUUUUGAGUGGCUGUUGGGCACUUACAAUCAGAUGUCCCGAAGGUGGAAUGAUAGAAAUGCGGGGACAUCUGCAAAUGCUACAGAUUGUAAUUUUCAAUCUAAGUUAAAGUGAAAAUAAGAAGCGCUAUUUUCUAACGCACUGACUUGCUGUAAAACACUAGUAAUUUAUCCCUACUGAACUAGAAGAACAAAAUAAUAAUAUACAAAGAAUUCGGUCAUCACUGCUGACAAGUUUGGCGUCUAAAAUCUUCGAAAAAAAAACUUGAACACAAGAGAAAGAAA